CAGACAAAUUGAAAACUUGACCGAAAGGCGUAAGAGCCGCGUCAGUUUCACGCUUUCAAACUCAAACUCAAAACGAAACGAAACGAAACCCUUCUAAUAUAAAAACCCUAAUUUGUUUAUUCACUACUCAUCAUCACUCAUACACCGCCUCUCCAUUCCAACAAUACUCUAUCUAUGGCUUUGCCGAAUCAGCAAACCGUCGAUUACCCGAGUUUCAAGCUUGUUAUCGUCGGCGAUGGUGGAACAGGAAAGACGACAUUUGUUAAGAGGCAUCUUACCGGAGAAUUUGAGAAGAAAUAUGAACCAACUAUUGGUGUUGAAGUGCAUCCAUUGGAUUUUUUCACUAACUGUGGCAAGAUUCGUUUCUACUGCUGGGAUACGGCUGGUCAAGAGAAGUUUGGUGGUCUUAGAGAUGGAUAUUAUAUCCACGGGCAGUGUGCUAUUAUAAUGUUUGAUGUUACUGCCCGACUGACAUACAAAAAUGUUCCUACCUGGCAUCGUGAUCUUUGUCGGGUUUGUGAAAACAUCCCAAUUGUUCUUUGCGGAAACAAGGUUGAUGUGAAGAACAGGCAAGUGAAGGCAAAGCAGGUUACUUUCCACAGGAAGAAGAAUUUGCAGUACUAUGAGAUAUCAGCUAAGAGCAACUACAACUUUGAGAAGCCUUUCCUGUAUCUUGCCAGGAAACUUGCAGGUGAUCCUAAUUUGCACUUUGUAGAAUCUCCUGCACUGGCUCCACCAGAAGUUCAAAUUGAUUUGGCCUUACAACAAAGGCACGAGAAUGAAAUUAUUGAAGCGGCUAAUCAACCCCUUCCUGAUGACGAUGAUGAUGCAUUUGAGUAGAGGAAGGACUCUUCCGAUGAAUGACCUUUGUCCUAAGCUGUUGCCUUUUCGUGCAUUCUAUAAAAUUAUGUGUUGAGUUUGAACUAAACAUUUUUGGAUAUAGAUAUGGGGUUUUCAAUUUA